AGAUGUUGAGAGGAUUUGUGAUAAUUGAUGCAUCAUCUUCUUUUUUUUUUUUUAAUAUAUAUAUUUAUUUCACCACCCGAGAACACGGAAAUUCAAGUUUUGAUUAAAAGCCCAAUUCGAACAAAAUGAUCUAAUUCAAACAAGAAAACAGCUAGCUUCGCUCAACCACCACCCCGACGCAUUCCGCUAGCCGUCUCCGCAAUCCUUAGAUUGUCAAUCAUAUCCCCGUUCUCAACCGUUAAUGUUAUCCACAAGGAAGGUGGUGUUCACCUCGUUUCCUCGGUUGUCGGUUACUUCUCGUGACAUUGCCGGAGUAGCUGGUUCAUGACGAUCUCAUUGAGCUUGUUCUCUCCACUGACUUGAAGCUCAUUGACCGAAAGGAGGAGAGGCAGAGAACAUACCAGAGCCUCGAGAACUCUAGACGUAAUGAAGAUAGGAAGGCCGAAGACACUAACCAAGGAGAGCGCUCCGUAAAACCAGACUGUACACCGUAUCUUCACCGCCAAAACCAAACUCAGAGAGAGGCCAAAGACCCCCGACCGAGAACAAGACCACACAAAGCGGGUCCGAGACGACUGCCGCACCUGAUCCGGUGAAGCUCUGUGACCUGCAAAACAAGUUAUUAGCAAAGCAGCACCACCAUAAGCAACCAAGAGGCUGUCCAUGGCGCGGGGAUGUGCUACUAUGCCGAAAGGAGACACCGGUGAACGAGAGAACCCGCGAAGACAACCCGCAGAUCUCGUUGUCACCACCAAUCGCCGCCUUCGAGAACCGAAGGGCGGUAACCUGAACCUCGUCGACUAAGAUUCAUAGGGAACCGGAACACGAGCCGGAAAGUGAAGGAACCGGAAGAUGAGCGUUUACUACACUGCCUCGGAGACGGCCAUAGACGACCGCUCCGACACCGCAACACAGCAAACCACAACGAACCACCAUGAAAGGCAACAACACACGCCAUUACCCUACACUAAGCCCGCCCUCGAGUUGAAAGAACCUCCAAGGCAUCCAUGGCAGAAGCAAACGAUGGCGGCUCACCAAGACGCCGAGAAUGAGACCACCAACCGCAACCGCUGUCUCUCCAAGCCGACCGGAAACCAGAUCGGAGCGGAGCGGCUCCACCUCCUUCACACGCUGAGGCCUCUCCGGAUGGUGAAAGGACCAUCUGUACAACCCAAAAAGCCGACUUCUUCAACAGCCAAGCCUGACCCUUACUGUGUCGAGACUCCACCACCAUCUGAAACCACAACGGACCCGGAUCUCCUCGCGAGCAGAGAUGAAUACGAGCAAUUCUCUGGCGCAGAACCAACAACAAGACGGCAAGAGCGGCAUGGGGUUGAAGAAGCAAAGGAAAGACGAGAUCGUAGGGAGAGAGGGGAGGCUCCGGCGCCGGAACGCGCGCACACGCGCCGUCCAGAUGCCGGACCCGAGCUAUGUUGCGUUUAGAUCUAGGGAGCGGAGGAGAGAGAAGGGAGCGGGGAGUUGAUGCAUCAUCUUUGUCUUUUCUUUUCUCCAGUUACAUAUUGAGAAUAGUGGGCCAACUUGUCACCAUGCAUUGCUGCUUCUUUAUUCAAAAAGUGAUAGAAAAUUAGAAUUUUGUCUAGAUUCUACAUGUUGGAAACAAAAAAACAAAGGUAUAAUAAUGGACCUCAAUUCUUAGAUAUAAAACUGAUUGGUAGUACUGAAAGUGUUUAUAUAUAUGGAGUGUGGAUAAGUUAACGGAGGUACUGCAUGGUUCAUAAGAAUGAGAAUCCAAUACACUAAAAGAAGAAAAUUUACUACAAAAGCAGAAGAUGCUUAA